UAGACUAGUAUACAUGCAUGUACAUAGAAAAAAAAUAUAAUUCAUGAAGAAUCAAUAUGAUAACAAAAAUGCAUUAUUGUUCAAGUAUUGUUUACAAUAAAAAUUUAUUUUAUUAAAUUUUUAUAUAUACAUUUAUGCUUUACUUGAAAUAAUACUAUAAAGUAUUAGGAAACUCACGUGAAGAAAAGUGUCUUUUUCUCCCACUUUUGUUGAAUAAUGGCAGACCAACUGCUUACGGUUGUUAGAUUUUACACAUGGAAUCUGUCUUACACAAUUCACACUCAGUACAGUAUUAGUAUCUUUUCAGGUUCAGAAUUUUUGUUUUUAAAUGAUAAAUGUAAUUUACUAUACUACAACACAUUUGCAAGCACUUUACAAUAAAAUGCUGAUUCGGGUUAAGCAUUUUCAACAAACCAGGUUUAGUACAAUUCAAAAAAGAUCUCCCAGACUGAACCACAAUACCAAACAAAGCACGAGCGUCUCUAAACUUCUUCUCUUCACACAAAAUAUAAAUCAACCAGGUGUGACUAACGAGGCCAAAAAUCAAGCCAUGUCUUUAACUACUUUAAUUGCUUCCAUGGUCAAUCUAGAGUAACAGAGAGACUUAUAUAAGAUUAACCGGCAGAAGCAUUCUUGUUAUCUCACAGAGAGUAUCUAACAUCCCAACAGCUUCAUCCAAGUGACCAUGACCGCACAAUCCCUUAAACAAUCGCUUGCAACACCAAAUCCUUAAACCACUUCCUCUCGCUUUGACUUAUUCAAAAAUAUAAAGAUACGCCUCAAGAUACUCAUCUUUAUUACAAAGCUCAUCAACUACUAAGCUACAAGCGUUGUUACUAGGAACAUAACUAGAAGCUAGCACUCUAUCUAAAUCUGCUCUGGCCUCAUCAAAUCUCCUUAACUUAACCAAACAAAGAACCAUUGUGUUCAAAACCGACGAGUCAGGAACAUUACCGUUUCUUUGUUUAUUUCUAAAUGUGCUUGGUACACUUGGUCGGUUUAAUGCGUACUUGAUCGAAUCGGUACACUUGGUCGAAUCACUUUUAGGAAUCUAAACCGGUUUUAUUAUUACAAAUCGAACCGUUACUAAGCUGUUAAUAAAAUACUGUAAUAACUUUAUUUCAAUCCGUGACACUUUAAUAGUUGCAAUUACAAUAAAAUCUCUAUUUGAAUCAACAAUAUUGAUUAAUUUAUCAAAUAUUAAUUUUUAAAUAUUUACUGUAUAUUUUCAUUUUUCAAUAAUAUCUACCAACUAGAACUUUUAUCUUUUUACCAAAAGAGGUAACUACAAAUAUAUCUUAGUUUACUUCUUAGAAAAUGUGUAUGAGAGUUAUAGAAACUGUCUGAUUUGAGAAGAUAAUUAAUACAUCGAUUCCAUAUUAAAUUAAGUACAAUAAUUUCUGUCCUUUAUUUGUUCUAAUUUCAUAUAUAGUCAUAUGAUUAAUAGCUAUACGUAUCAUUAUUAUUAAGCGUAUGAUAUUUUCUAAAAUAAGAGAAUAAGAAAAUUAUAAGAAAAAUGAGGGAGUUCUCCAUAAUAAUUUAGAAUUAUAGGCAGGAAUGAUGACAAGUUGUGAAGGAAACGUAUUCACAAAGUGCCAAUAUAUGAAGCAAUAAAAGUAAAAGAGGUGUGAAUAUUUUGGCAAUUAUUUACACUUGAGUUGAUUUUUUAGGGAUAAUUAUACUCUCUUUAUUUCAUUAUAAGUGUUGUUUUAGGUUUUGGCACACGGAUUAUGAAAACAAUUAAUUUUGUACAUUUUAUUUAAAAAAAUAUUAUUAAUUAUAUAUCUAACCAUAUUUCAACCAAUAGAAAGAUAUAUUUUGCAUAAAAUUAAUAAAUUUUGCAUUGAAAAUCGAAAACAAUACUUAUUUUGUAACAAAUUUUUUUUUCUAAAAUGACAUUUAAUAUAAAACGGAGGAAGUAUUAUUUACGACUCUUGUGCACGGGUAAUUUUAGCAUCUACUUUCUUGUAACUAAAGACAGACACUUUGAUUGGUUUAAAGCUUACAAACAAAAUAAAAACAUAGCAACGUUACGAAAAUGCUGCAAUAAUGCUCUUCAUUUAUGUUACUCGUUGCAUGUCAAUAAUAUGAUUAUUGAAUAAAAGUCAAUAAUAUCAUGCCAACAUUGCAUUGCAAGAAAAGGUUUAAUCAGUACACUAGAAUAAAGGGUCAAUCAUGUCUAAGUCUUACUCUUAACACACUCUUGAAGAUCUAAAUUUUCUAUUAUAUAUUAAUAUAUUAUGAUUUGCUUUAACAAGACAAAAUCAAACUCUAGUCCCUAUGAUUUAAUUUGUAUGUUUGUUGUCGUCAUACCCUUAUAAUUAAGCUUAUAUGACCAUGAAUACAUUUUGAUGGUGGAAUUCCGCAACUCAACAAUCAACCAAUCAUGAAAUAAUAGAAAUUCACACCUCAUCAUCUGUUCUCUUCUUCUUUUGAUUUUCUUUCGAAUAUGUAAUUAUAAAUGCUCGCCACUAAUUAAUCUUCCAAGCAUUUAUUCUACGUAAAAUUCAACGAGAACAGUCUACUUUCCACCGUUCUGGUCUUCUUAUACUCGUUCGAUUGUUCAAACGCGCGAAUUCAUCAAACAAUAUACUAACUCCUCUCUGUCUGCAAAAUCAUAACCAUUAACCAAUAUAUAAUUAUUAUCGCUCUGGUCUCUAUCAAAACUUGCUCUGUUUUAUUUCUACACUUAUCACUAGAGAGAAGAGAAAAUGACAUGAUGAACCAAAAGAGAAAAUAAAAUAAGUGGUUGUAUUAUACUCUUGCAACAAUUCAAAUCCAUACAUGUGCCAUGUCAUGUAUAUGAGGUAUCAUCCAAUAGAAUGAUAGUAGGUUACACUAAGGCCCACUUAUUAGACCGGAAAAGAAAGGUAGUUCGUUGGCCAUGGACUUGACAGUGGCUAGGACCACGUCGGCCUCAGAUCCAAUCAUAUACUUGCAAGUAGGACCAGCCCAGCGGCUUCAGCUACAAGAUGAUUUGGCGUGACUUUACCGGUUAGGAUCAAACCAAUUUAACCGAUUGCUCUUCAAGCUGCUUUGGGCAAACAAAACGUGUGAUAUGAUGGUUUUGUUUAUAUAAUUAUCACUUUUUCAGUUUCCUGAAUGUAAAACUUAUUAAUGUGAUUAGUACAGUCGGUUUGUGGGUCUCCUGACUCUCAUCAUCCAAUGAGAUAAUCUAAAUGUUUGUUUUGGAUACAAAUAUACAAUCAACCGUACUUGUUGAUCGUGUGAAAUGGUUCUCUAGAGCAAAAUGUUAUGCUCGAAAAAAUUACUGGAAAUGUUUCAUACAGAGCCAAUCAUUCAAACUCAUCGUUUAAGCUCUACAAUUUUUAUUUUAUAGUAUGCAUGGAUGUGUCUACUAUAUAUAUAUACUGUACAAUGUAAAAUACACCCCAGUAAAUGAGUUAGCCAUCCAUAUAGUGUAAUAUGCACGUAUUACUCACGAAGAUAAAGUGUUAAUGUAUAUAUGUAAAAAGAUACUAAAAUGAUAUAGAGAUUGCAGGAAUAAUCAUAGUGUUUGUAAGUGGAGAGUUGAAGAUAGAAAGCGUACUGCUGAACCACCUUUUUAUUUUAUUUUUACAUAAAUAGAAAUUUCACAGACAUAUGAGAAAAAGAAAAAAAUGCCAUCAAAAAGAAAACAAGAGAAAGUCUAGCAUUAGGUCAUAAUAAUUCACCAUAAAAUCUAAUGAUCUAUAUGAUCCUGUAAUUUCUAUGAUCAUUGCUUUAUUCGAGAUUAAAUCUAUCAACCCCUGAACGUAUGAGUGUAUAACGUCUUUAACAAUUAAAAACUCGGUUAAGUUUUUGUCAAGCACACUGUAUAUAGUUAUGUUGGGCGAAACUAAGAACCUCUCCUCAUCGAAUGAGGACUCAGUUGCGUGGUAUUGAUUCAUCUGAAUUCGAUGUACCGCUACAAAAGAAAAUUUUGUUUUGUUGAUUGAAAUCACGAAUUAAAAGACCAACGUGGUAUGAGUAUACGAACUGGGCCAGCACCGAAGGCGAUAACGAGCUUUUUCAUCGCGAUGAUGUUCCCUGUGUUAUUACGUAACCACUCAUGUGAAGCCACGUUAUUUUAUUACUGAAUUUCUUUAUUUAUCUUACUGUUUUUUUUCUUGAAUCACAUUUUCCCCCUUAUAAUCACAUAUAAAAAGUGAAAACUUAUGCAACACUUCUUCAGGUAGAGAAAGAGGAAGACAGUGAUAGCUUAGUUAUAAUUAAAGACCCCCAAAAUCCAAAUAGAUUCUUGUUAAUAAAGUAUGAGAGAAAAACACAUAAAUUAAAAUGAGGACAUUUCCUUUUGCAUCAUGAGAGUUUUUGUCUCUGUUUACAUUUAUAUGCCUAUAAAUAUGUGUAAAUAUAAGCCUAGAGAAUCCGCCAUUAUCGGAAUACUCUUAAGUCUUUCAUGACCUCAACAUAAACAAGACAAGACGCUUUUGUCUUUUUGUCUAAAAUCUACGAAGAACCAAAAGGAGGAAAAAUUGAAUAUUCUGAUACAUCUUGCACAUAAGAAGAAGACUCCAGUAAGUUUAUUUCCGUAUAGAGAACCAUUUGUGAUUUAUAACUCUCGUGAUGUGAUCAAAUUUUAUAUAGUAUAUCAAAAAUGUUUAACCUUCGUACGAGAUCUUGAGUUAUAAGUACAACUAUUUUCUUCUUUUUCAGAAAAGUACAACUAUUUUCUUAGACAACUACAUUGGGUUUCUCCUCCUUUUAAUGGAAAAGUUUGGAUCCUUAUAUUUCACGUAUGACAUUUUUAAUGUUGUUCAUGGUUAUUUUUCGUCCCUUUAGUAACAUUUUCAUCAAAUGUAGAGUCAAAUAGGAAAGAAAUAAAAGAUAGGAAGUAAUUAUUGUUUCAUUCACUAAGAUUAUGGAAAGUUAACUACUAGUUUGAAACCAUGCAUACUAUGAUUCUUGUUUUUUUCUUUUUAACAUUUAUGUGUGGAAAUUCAAUCUAGAUAUUAUGAGUAUAUCAAAUGUAACAUUUUUUUUCAUAAUGAAAUGAUACUUUACCCAUCUUUACGUGUGUGGAAAAGGAAGAUACAUCUCUAUGUAAACUUAUUUGAAUACUUACUUUAGUUACAUGCAAAUCUUUACCGAUGAUGAAUAAAGUAUAUGUUACAAAUUGCCACAUUGCAGAAAGAAAAAGAUCAAAUGGAGAGUCUCUCACACAUUCCUCCCGGCUAUCGAUUCCAUCCGACCGAUGAAGAACUCGUAGACUAUUAUCUUAAGAACAAAGUUGCAUUCCCUGGAAUGCAAGUUGAUGUUAUCAAAGAUGUUGAUCUCUACAAAAUCGAGCCAUGGGACAUCCAAGAGUUAUGUGGAAGAGGGACAGGAGAAGAGAGGGAAUGGUAUUUCUUUAGCUACAAGGACAAGAAGUAUCCAACAGGGACACGGACAAAUAGAGCAACAGGCUCGGGAUUUUGGAAAACAACAGGUCGAGACAAGGCCAUAUACUCGAAGCAAGAGCUUGUAGGAAUGAGGAAAACACUUGUGUUUUACAAAGGCCGUGCCCCAAAUGGUCAAAAGUCCGAUUGGAUAAUGCAUGAAUAUCGUCUUGAAACCGAUGAAAAUGGACCACCUCAUGAGGAAGAAUGGGUAGUUUGUCGCGCUUUCAAGAAGAAACUAACAACUAUAAAUAACAACAAUCCACGAACAAUGAUGGGAUCAUCAUCAGGGCAAGACUCUAAUUGGUUCAGGCAGCAAAUGGAUGUUGCUAAUGGUAAUUACUACCAUUUUCCUGAUCUAGAGAGUCCAAUAAUGUUUCAAGGCUCUUCAUCAUCAUUACAUGAUAAUGAUAAUAACCAUUAUGGUGUUGUACUAAGCAAUAUCCACGAAGCACCAAGCGCAUUAAUGCAACGAGAUGAUGAAGGUGAUCAUGGUCAUAUUAUUACUAAUGAUGAUGAUCAUAUGAUCAUGAUGAACACAAAUACUAAUCAUCAUCAUCAACCAGAACUACCCAAUGAUGAUCAUAAUGAUCAACUUAUGGACUGGCAAACUCUUGACAAGCUUGUUGCUUCUCAGCUAAUCUUGAGCCAAGAAGAGGAAGAAGUUAACCAAGAUCCUCCAUCUAAUAAUGUUUCGAAUGAAACAUAUAAUCAUCUCUCUGAAGAGAAACCAUCUUUCUCUUGGGCUCAAAAUACACACACGUAAAACAUGUGUGUAAAUCGGAAGGCAUAUAUGAUAUAUAUAAUUAAUUAAUUGAGGGUCAUCAUGCCUGUUAAUUAUAUUUUAUACCAAACUGUUUUUAUUUAUUUAUUAUGUUACUUUUGUGUCAACCGGUGUAACUCUCUAGUUUAUAAAAUAUAUAAACACAACGUUUUUUAUAAGA